GUCUUGGACCGCUGCCCAGCGCCUGGGAGGAGAGGGGGGCCUGUCUGGCUUCCGGUUUUCGGGGGUGAAAUUGACACACAAUGAGGAGCCGCGAUCUGCCUCACUAAAGCUCUUGUAAAUAAAUAGAACAAUCGCCGAGGCCGGAGACCAUGGAAAAUCAGUGCACAGUACAGGUGAAGCUGGAGCUGGGGCACCGGGCGCAGCUGAGGAAGAAACCUACGCCGGAGGGCUUCACUCACGACUGGAUGGUGUUUGUUCGCGGCCCCGAGAUGUGUGACAUCCAGCACUUCGUGGAGAAGGUGGUCUUCAGGCUUCACGAGAGCUUCCCCAAGCCCAAGAGAGUGUGCAAGGAGCCCCCGUACAAAGUGGAGGAGUCCGGCUACGCAGGCUUCCUCAUGCCCAUCGAGGUCUACUUCAGGAACAAGGAAGAGCCGAAGAAGGUGUUCUUCAACUACGACCUGUUCCUCAACCUGGAGGGCAACCCCCCCGUUAACCACCUGCGCUGUGAGAAGCUCACCUUCAACAACCCCACCAAGGAGUUCCGCCGCAAGCUGCUCAGAGCUGGUGGGGUCAUGGUUGUGCCCGAGGGAGCAGAGACCAUCUCCAGGCCCAGCCCCGACUACCCCAUGCUACCCACAAUCCCUCUCUCGGCCUUUUCUGAUCCCAAGAAAACAAAGCCCUCCCACGGGUCCAAGGAGCCCAGCAAGGAGGGCGCGGGCAGCAAGGGCCCGAAGGCCCACAAGGUGACGAAGGAGCACCGCGAGCGGCCCCGCAAGGACUCGGAGAGCAAGAGCUCCUCCAAGGGCGAGGCCGAGCGCGACGCCGCCAAGCCGCCCAAGGAGGCCGCGCCGUCCAAGAAGCCGGCGGAGGGCAAGGCCAAGGAGGAGGGCAAGGCGCCGCCCAAGGCCGCCUUCAAGGAGCCCAAGCUCACCCUGAAGGAGGCCAAGACAGAGGGCACGUCGCCCAAAGGAGGAGGGGGCGCCGGGGGGGGCGGCGGGGGAGGGGGAGGAGGGGGCGGGGGCCAGCCCGAGCCCAAGGCCCCCAGCAAGCGCCCCUCCGCCGUGGAGUCCCCCAAACCCAGCACCAAGAAGCAGAAGAAGGGGGCCACCGAGGGCCCCAAGGGCUCCGGGGGCUUCACGGGCACCUCGCCGCGGGUCUCCUCCUCCUCCGUCUCCGCCCCCGCCCCCGGGUACCCCGACAAGAAGCCCAAGGAGAAGGGGCGCUGGGGCAAGCCCAAGCCCGACGCCGCCGAGGUGAAGGAGGCCAAGAAGCCCGCCGAGUCAGAGGAGUCCAAUUCUGAGGACGAGGCCUCGUCGAAGUCGGAGUCGGUGGCAUCCAGCCCUUCCAACUCCAGCUCCAGCUCCGAGUCGAGCUCCGAGUCGGACUUCGAGCCCUCGCAGAACCACAGCCAAGGACCCCUGCGCUCCAUGGUGGCGGACCUGCAGUCGGAAGAGUCGGACGACGAUGACAGCAGCUCUGAGGAAGACACCCCAGUUAAGACCAACCCCCCCAACCGCGACCCCAGACUGAGCCUGGAUAGCGAGAGUGACAGCAGUGACGAGUCCCACCCACCCAGCCGAGAGCCCCCGCCCCCUCCGCAGAAACACAGCACUUCCAACAACAAGGUCUCUGGGAGAAAAAGUCCCGACACCUGCAGCCGACCGGAGAAGAUUUUGAAAAAAGGAUACGACAAGGCGUACACCGAGGAGCUGGUGGACCUGCACCGGAGGCUGAUGGCGCUGCGAGAGAGGAACGUCCUGCAGCAGAUUGUCAACCUCAUCGAGGAGACGGGCCACUUCAACGUCACCAACACCACCUUUGACUUUGACCUCUUCUCGCUGGACGAGUCGACCGUGCGGAAACUACAGAGCUAUCUGGAGGCCACGGCCACGUGACAGGAAGUCCGGGGAGGGGGGCGGGGCUUUCUUCCCCAGAGACUCGGGGAGGAGGAACGGGAGCCCGACGGGGACCACCGACGUGCAAGAGCCGAGAGCAGACCGGGGUGAGAGGAGGCAAGGAGGGGUUUGUUUCGGAAAGGGAAAAGGUGCUGGAGGUGGAGGGCCGAGGAGGAGCGGCGCGGCGGACUGGAAGCACCUUUCGCGAGGCGCCCUUGGACUGGAGGAUCCCGGGCGCGCACCGGGCUGUCUGACGAAAGUAUAUUAUAUAUAUGUGAACGAGCAGAGCCUGUGUGCUGAGGAGCGCCCCCCUGAGGACAGGAGCAGGACAGCAGGACCCCCCCCCCUUCGCCUUCUCUUCGGCACCUUCAUCCUCUGCAGUGUGUGGCCCCACAAUGGGGGAUACAGUCAGCAGGGGGGCGUUCCUCUCGGGACAGGGCGACGCCUCCCCCUGCAGGCCAGACCGGCGAUUGCACCAGCGCGUCCUGGGCGGAGAGAGAGAGAGAGCAGCCCGGGGGUGAGGAGCCCGUCCCGGCGGGCUGUGGUCUCCCGGAAUGAGGGGGGGCAGAGACUGGGUGGGCGUCCCGUCGGAGACGCGGUGUUAGACGCCCCUGACCGCCGGUCCGGCCGGAGCUGGUUGUCACGGAUACUCUCCCCCAGCAUGCACCCCUCCCCCCGUCAUUAGCACUUCCUCUGUUCCAGGGGGGCAGAGCGUCGGAGAGCCUGUUUUUCAUUUCCUUUCAGCUGAGGAGAAGCCCUGGCAGCCUGGAACACUACCUGCCUGGGCCCUUCUUUUCUUCUUUAUGGACUCCUAGUGUUCGGAGGUUUGUACAGCGUAGACUUUAGAAUGCCGGGCUGCUGUUAUUUAUUUCACUUUUAAAAAACACCAAUGUUCCUGUAGUGCCUUUAUGAAUUUUUGCCAUAUAUAUUUUUUUUUAAAAAAGGCUGUUGACACAUUAGUGUCACCUUAGCAGAGGAGAGCUCUUGGGUUAUUUAAGUGUUACCCCUCGGCCGAUGCUCUUGUUGUUGUUGAAAUGAGCCAUUUCCCCACUGCGGUUAAGAACAGCUUUCCUUCUCGUUGGGGUUUCUGAGGCUUGUGCAUUAUAAGAUCAUGUUGUCAUGUUGAACUGUUUAAUGGAGCAUAUUGUACCCACAAAAACUUUCUGCUGUUUUUAGAGCACGAUCACUUCAAGGUCCCUUCCUAAACAGUAUUCGUGAUUAAAGAAACCUGCUUGUAAUCCACGUGGGACUCCAGUCUGGAAUCAGGCCUGAUUCCAGAGUGAAUCAUUCCUGAUUGAUGGGUCUCAUCAAAUAAGGGUUUUUUAAGGAAUCUUUAAGGAAGUCGGGCUGGAAAUUUUGUUUGAGCCGAGAAAAUACUCUUUGCCUAGAAGUGCUUCCUCCGGUUUUCAGUCGGGUGUUAUUUUUAAGCUUUUUGAACGUUCAAAUACAAUGGUUCCACUAUGUGGGGGCAUCCGUAGCUGUUAUCCUCGCUGUGCUGUGUCUCCAUCGUUAACACCAUGAAGGGUCUGUGUCAGCGACCCAAAACAGUCACCUGCACUCUUUCCAGGAAGUAUUAUUUAAAAGGAUUAAUUUAUAUUGUAAUAUACAUGUUACUGUUCUUUUGUGUGUUUAUGUAUCCUGCAAUGAGUUUUGCAUUGAACGACUCUGUUUCAAGUAAUGACCCUUCCCAGGCUAACUGCUGGAGCUCCUUAGCUUGUGAAUGUGUGUGUGGGAACGCAAAGAGAGCAGCUGACAUUGGGGUGGGAAGCAUUUCAGCGUUGCACCGGUUAUUGUUUUUGCAGGUUAACAGAAAGCAUGCUCUGCUGUGCAUUCCCUUCCCCAGUAACCUCCCACCCAUAAACUCCAAAGUCUUGUUUUGAGCCUUUAUUGCUACUGGUUUGUCGGUGCAGCUGAUGCAAGUGGAAAAUCACUGAGCAGCAGGGAAUCAUUCUGAGAAGACUUGUGUGUCGAGAACAAAAGCAGAACAAAACUGGAAUAUGCCUUAUAUAAUACCGCAAGAAAUCUCUCAAGGCUCAGAACAUUAACACAGACAGCAAACUAAACCUAGUGUGCUCCCACCUGUGUCGCCCUGUUGCUUUAAGGGCAGACGUGAGCACAGGUGCCACCUGUUGGCCCCUUGAGGUCACAACCCCCACGGCUGCUGAACUUUUACACCUUGGAGAGAAAUCAACACAUCCCUUCUGAAGUCUCUGCUUCCUUUUCCAGGCAGAUGUUUUCUUGUGUUUGUUCUUUUGAAGCAAUUGAAAUGUGGCUGAGCUUACAAGGCCGUGGUGUGUGAAGAGAGCAGGGUGCUGCAGGCGCUGGGCGUGGACUGGCCAUGAUCUUGGUGCAAACCGACUCAGUGAGAAACUAUCUGCUGCAACAUAAGUUAAAUAUCUCCCCUGCACUUCAGCUCCGCAGGACUUCAUGCUGGGUGUGGAUCUGGAUUGUCUGGCCCACUGUUCAGCCUAGUGGCCGGCAUGAAUCCUUAAAUGGCAUGCAGACGGCUCUUCCACCUUCCAUAUUGCAACCCCGUCGUGUGUAAAGUUCAAGUUCACAGCCUAACUGAAAAGCACCAAGGUGUGAUCUCCCCGAGAUUCCCCUUUCCAUUUUAUUGGAACUGAGCUAAUGCACAGAAAAAAAAACAAUGGAGGAGACAGUCUAACCUUGCAAGUCACGUUUUUAAUAUCCACGCCGUAUCUAUCUGGCGGUAUGUUCAUAGCGCCUUCAUUUACUAAUGCAGCCAUCCCUACAUCAGGUGCACGACUUUAAACCUUUCCUCUUGACCUUGAUUUUGUACUCUCGGGGUGAAGGUCCCGCCUGUGUUCAGGUGUGCAGGUUUGGAACGGACCUGGUUGGCCACUAGUUUCCCACCCCUCUCCACUGAUCCUCACGGGUGCGAGCGUCUCUGUGUGUGCUCGUCCUGCCUGUCGGGGACCCGAGCUCCUGCUUGCUGGAGUCGAGCCGGUGUGGAGGAGGAGUGUCGUUGGUGGCCAUUGUGGCUCUUCCUAUAGAACCGGUCCUGCCUGCGCGUUUCAUGGCCUUGGAUUGUGAGAUUUGUUUUUCCCACCCUUUCCUAUUUUUUGGCGUCCCCAUCUUGCUUUCCCUGGCAAUCCUCUUUGGAAUAAAGUGAAGGCCUCAGCUCUCGGGAUAUCUCAUGCUCACCUGCGCACUUGGUGAGCUCUGCGAUCUCGGGUUCGAGUCAGGGUGACGUUACAAGCUGGCGGUGUAUUGGGAUUGACGUAUCAGAACGAGUAAACACUAGAUUAAUUUAUUCCAGUGUAUCUUCGGUAGAGUCUGAUGUAAAAACACAGUGACAGCUCUACAGGCCUUGGAGACUGAGGUUGUUUUGAAUCAUGUAACUGUUAACAGCUCCUUGUUACUUCAUUGUUGGAGAGUUUCAUUGCAGCUCCUGUUUGGAAGCCGAUAUCUUUAGCUUUCCCCGUUGUCAAAGCAGACUAAGGUAUUGAUGCCAGUUUGAUUGGAAAUAUUCAGUGCCAGUCCAGAGCACUGCCUUGCUACCCCUGAGUCCCACUGUAUUUCACUGGGCUGGAAACUUUAAAGGUUUUGAAGCACACUAUCUGUAUGAUGUUGUUUUUAAAAAGCAGUAUGUUUCUGGAUCUCUGAACCCUUGUCAAUGUGUUUGUGUUCCUUGGUGUGGUGUGCAGUAUUGCAUGCUGGAAGGAAGCUGGUGCCUUUCAGCGAGUCCUUGAUCAUUUCUCAAUGAUCAUGAAAACACUUGGUCUUCAGCAGAUGACAGUGCAGGCCCACUUCUGCCUUUUGGCUGUCUGGUUCUUGAAAGGGGGCUUUUUGCUCAUCUGCAGACUAAAGCUUUGGCGUGGUUGAUAUGCUGAAGUGGCAGCAGAGCUGUUCCCUGACCUGGUCCCACUCCGACACAAGUGGGAAAACUCCAGAGUACCUGCUGAUGGGAUCAGAUAUCGAGCUUUUCUAAAUGGUUCCCAGCCUCUGCGUGCAGCACUGCCCUCUUCAGGAGUCUCACACCUGAUUGGGGCUGCCUGCUGGUGUCUUGGGGAUCAGAAUCCCCCCCCCCCCAGUAAAGCUCAUGCACUGUGAGGCUGUGGGGAAAAUAAGAAGCCCUCCUGUCUUGUAUUGAUACAUACUGUACUGACCAGCUGUGUGAUCGAGUGCAUCUGUGUCUGCUGAGCCACUCGAUUUUCUGUGACGGGCUGAUUCUCCAGCAGCACUGAUCCAAGUAUUUGCUUCAUCUGACACACAAUAGAGGGCGCUAUGGUGCAGAUCAGACAUUGUGCACAUGGCAGAAGUCUGCUGCUCCUGAGCGAAGGACAGAGACGUUCUUGAGUCCUCUGACCUGGACAUGACUACAGAAAACAGCUGACCGUUUUUUAAAUCCGAGCAUUUGGGUCCUUUUUAGCCGUUCAGAUGGCAAAGAUGCCCUUGGGGACUGGAGUGGGCGAAAUGUUUGGGUGCCUGGAGUGAUGUCACCGGAGGUCAGUGCUUCCUGCUUUCAUCUGCAGCCACUCCUCCCACCUGCUCCCGUUUCCCAGAUCCAUUUCCUGCUUCGAUUCUCUGAUCUUGCUCCCGCUUAGUGCGUUUAGUAGAUCCACUUUUACCACUCGGGCUAAAAAGAGAAAAAUAAAAUUGUUCCUGAAAGGUCUUCUUGAUGCUGACUGAAGAGAGGGUUUAGGACAGCUUGUCCAUGAUGAGGUUAAGAAAAUCAUCCUGCGUUUAUGCAAUAUUUCCUUAUAUACUGUAUGUAAUCCCUCCCAGUGAAGCCCCUGACUGUGCUAGCCAGUAAUCUUUAUAUUGAAACAUUGAGCCCAUGCGUAUUGCAAGUUCAUUCAGUGGGAAAACUGCACCAAAUUGCUGUCAUGAUUAUAAGAAAGUAACGUUUAGAAAGCAGUCUAAUUGAUAGCCUGUUGUUAACUGAUCCCAGGCUCUCGUCAGGCUGUUUCUUGAAUGGAACCAGGCUACAGGCUUCAGCAACAUGGCUGCAUACUGGAACACGGCUUGUUCCACACUCCCACCACCCUCAGUGUAAAUUAAGUGCCUCCUGGUUUCAGGUUUAAUUAAACAUCCAUGUGGUCUCCACUGGUGUCCUCUGUUUUGCGUUGAUUCUGGAGACGUCUGAAUUAUUCACAACUCCGCGAGGCUUUGAGGAGGUCAACCCUGCCAUCAGUUCCACUCGUCAAAUUCUCUUUUAAAGACUAGAAUGUUGUUUUAGCCUGUCAGCACAGGACCGAUAAAGGGCAGAGGUGGAGUGACCAUUGAACACAUUUGAUUUAGUCUGCCUGUCACAGUGGUGAUCAUGUAGGUAUCGCAGUGGAAUAUGAAAUCAUCUUACAAUACUUAUCUGGCUAAUCAUGUGCGAGAAGCAUAGCUUUAAUGACACAGCUCUGACCAGGCAGAACCGAAUCAGAAGCCUGGAAAUGUCCUGGAUAAAUUUGUUGCAAGUUGUUCUAAUAGGGAAAAAGGUUUAGAGAAACAGUUUGGUGAGGCAGCCUAAUUUUUGAAAGCUUUUCUCAGAAUGUGUCAGAGGGGGAAUAUGACAUGAGUUUUCUGACCUGGGACCGAUUAUUAUUAUUAUUUUUUUCAUCCGUGUUGAAGAAUCAGGUACAACGCAGCCUGGACACACCUGCAGUUCUUUUUGAGUCUUUUUCCUACCAGGAGAGCUGCAGCGGGGUGUUUUUUUCUACUUCCAGAUUUUAUUUUAUUUUUUACACAAAGAAACGGCUCCCGCAGCCGGGGGGGCGGUCCAGUGUUUCUCCACAGCGCCGUGUUGAUUCCAGUGCGCUCCGAACAGGAAUUCCUGAGCCCGGCUCGCCCAGUCGCUCUCACUGUGAGCUCGAGUGACGCCUCUACCGCUCUGCCAGCAGUCUGCGUUCGUUGAUAUACCUCUGCACUUUGGCUGUGGUGACUCCAGUACUUAUUUAUCUAAGCUGUAUUUUUAAGAAUUUUAUACGAUAUUUACAUGCAAAUAGUAUUAAUGGAUUUUUAUUUUUUUGCCUACCUGUUGAUUUUUUUUAUUGGCAUGUUUUUUGUCAAGAUAUGAAGAAAAAAAAUCUGUCUGUUCGGUGUAGGCAUAGUAUCGUGUUUCAGAGAAUCCUCCAGACAAACCUGCUUCUCUCCAGAGUUCUCUGUUCUGUGUUUUUACAGUUUGACACUAUGGGACUUUGUGCAGAAUCGGGUCUAUGUGUUGUGUGAGGAGGAGACGUGUGGUCACGCAGUGCAGUAUGUCAAAAAAAAAAUUUUGUGAGUCAUAAGAUUUUUGAGUGUUUUUUACUCAAACUUUUUCACAAAAGGCAGCAUUGUAAAUGUCCGUACUCUGUGAGGUAUGGUUACAAAGCCUGAGGCACAAGCUUGUCCCCGUUUCUCAGUUAUUUAAUGGGAUAAUUUAUCCUAAACCACUAAGAAACCACCAUUGGAAAUGAGAAUGGGGGAGCUUUUCAGUUAAAGUAUAUUAUAUAUAAGUGUAAAAUAAACAAAAAGUAGAAAAUCUACUGUGUGUAUUUAAAAUGGUUACAUAAAAUACUUUUUAAACAUAUAGAGUUCUGAUUUUUUUUCUCCAGUUUUUUUUUUUUAAGUCUCCUUUCCUUGGUUGAGCUGGAAGGAAUGUGUUGUCCUGUUUACAGGCCUGUCAGUAAGUGUUUAUCUGUCUUUGCGGGGGAGGGGGGCGGGAGUGGGGGGGUUUGGUCUUCAAUGCCACAGCGCAGUGACUCCUGUGCAGAGCAGCGAGAGCAGCAGUGUUACAGAUGGGCGCCGGGGCCCUGGCAGGGGCAACGACUGGCCAAGUGAUUUGGAUUUUAACUUGGCAUACAAUGCCACUGUGUGGCCAUAUCAUGCAAAGUUGAGAUGAGGACUUUAAUUUUUUUAAUCAUAAUAUUAAUAAAGUCAUUGAGUAAUGUUGA